AAAAAAAAGAAGCCAACGACGCGGCCUCUCUAGUAGAGUAGUAGUCUCUACAAAGCAGAGCAUGCAGUAGUAGCCGUCAUAGCAUCGAUCGCCAGUUCGCCACAGCACAAUGCCGACGAGGAGGCGAGGGAUCGCGGAGGGGGGGCACGCCACCCGGGCGGCCGUGGUCCGGUGCAUCGUCGCCGCGAUACUCGCCGCCAUCGUCGUCGCCGGCCUCGUCGCGCUCGUGUUCUGGCUCGUCGUCCGCCCCAAGCCCAUCGAGUACACCGUCACCAGCGCCGCCGUGCGCCACCUCAACGUCACGCCGCGCGACCGCGGCCCGGGCUGCAGCGCCCCCACCGUCAACGCCACCUUCUACCUCAACGUCACGCCGCGCGACCGCCGCCCGGGCUGCAGCGGCCCCACCGUCAACGCCACCUUCUACCUCGCCCUCGCCAUCGACAACCCCAACCGCCGCGUCUCCAUGCGCUACGAAGACAGCGUCGCGCUCCGCGUGCUCUACGGCGGCUCCGAGCUGGAGCUCGCCGCCGGCUACGUCGUGCCGGGGUUCCACCAGCCCCACCGCAACGAGACGACGCUGCCGGUGCGCGCCGUGGCGCGCUCGGCGCCGUUCCCGGUCCCGGUCACGGACCUGGUCGCCUGGGAGCUGGAGCACGACCUCGCCGCCGGCGAGCUGAGCGUGGACGUUGAGGUGACCACGGGCGUCCGGUUCAUAGUCGGCGGCGUCGCCUCCAGGUACUACCAAGUCAAUGUGACCUGCUCGCCGGUGAACAUCGGCUUGUCGCCGUCGGCGGCGCGGUCCUUCAACAGCGUGCCGUGCGACGUCGAGAUCUCGUGAGGCAACCAAAUGCAUGCAUGUUUCCGUGUCCGACCAAAGUGAUCGUUUAGUUUGGAUUGGAUUUGUUUAUAUUUUACAGCACACGAUCUACUAUACUUUUGAUACGUACUACCUCCGUUCCAGGUUAUAAGACUUUCUAAUAUUAUCCACAUUCAUAUAUAUGUUAAUGAAUCUAGGCAUAUAUAUGUGGGUAAUGCUAAAAAGUCUUAUAAUAUGAAACGGAUGAAGUAUUUGCGAGGUUGUAAAUUUAGCUCUAGUUGGAGUGGCCUUCUUUUCUUCAUCAUCUCUUUUAGGGGAUUAUUUAUUUAUUUAUUACGCGAUAUGCCAUUAUAUUGUGCUGUGAUUUUACAUGUUUGACACAUAUAACCUCUAUUUUUUUUUCAUAUAUGACACAAUUGAUUUUUUUCUC